CACACACACACACACACACACACACACACACACACACACACACACACACACACACACACACACACACACACGUCACAUUCUCGUGGAUUAUCUCCUCAUUGUAAUAACAAAGAAGCUCGGAACGGGACAUUCGUGGGAAAGUUCAAAUCGAUAGUUUUCGCCGGGCCAACCGCGCGAACAUCGGUCGAAAAAUCGAACCGCCGCCAACUCAGAUGUUCGAGGCGUUUUCUAGCGAGGAGAUGGCAACGGCGGAUUCGUCUCGUUUGACGUUUACGGUCGGCGUGAUCCUUUUUUAGCUGAUAUACGUGUACAUACAUCACGGGAAUUUUCUCGCACGGCCUAUCCGUCGCUGUCCCAUUUAGCGAAGGAUCUCGUCGUAAUUGACUCGCUACAACGUGAGGGCAUCGUCAGACGAUGAGAAGAUGUUCCGGAAUCUGAGAACGGUGCUCGGCAGGAUUUGUCACGCGAAGCCUUUCCACUUAUGCGAACGCCGAUACUUACUGAGGGAACCCUUCCACCCGUUGAAACGGUGUCCGAAAUGGGUUUGCGUGGAGGACGCGGUGAAGAUCAUAAAUUCAGAGCACCUUGUCUUCGUGCAAGGCGGCGCGGCUACGCCGGUGGAGCUCGUGCGCGCCAUGACCGAGCACGGGCUGUGCAACAAUCUGCGCAGCGUCCGGUUGUUUCACAUGUGCCUCGAGGAUGACGCGCCGUUCGCCAACCCGGAAUUCGAGAAGCACUUCAGAUCCAUCAGCCUCUACGUCGGCGCUAACGUCAGGGAGGCGGUGAACGACGGACGGGCGGACUAUAUCCCGAUAUUCCUGCACGAGGCGCCGAGGUUGUUCUACGAGAAGCAGCUCGUGCCCGACAUCGCGCUGAUUCACGUGAGCACGCCGGACGCGCGUGGCUUCUGCUCGCUGGGCGUCAGCGCGGAUUGCACCCGCGCUGCGGUCUGCACCGCCAAAAUCAUCGUCGCGCAAGUGAACGAGCACAUGCCGAGGACGCACGGCGACACGGUGAUCCAUUCGAGCCACUUCGACCUGGCGGUGAAGUACGACUGCCCCCUGCCCUCCGUGGCGUCGACGCAGCCCAACGAACUCGAGUAUGAGAUCGGCAAGCUCAUCGCCCAGCGACUGAUCGACGACGGUGCGACGCUGCAGCUCGGCAUAGGCAAAAUUCCCGACGCGGUGCUGCACGCCCUGUCGUACCACAAGGAUCUGGGUGUACACUCGGAGGUGCUCGGCGACGCGAUGGUCGACCUCGUCGAGGAGGGUGUCAUUACGAACAGGAAUAAGAAGAAGCAUCGCGGACGCAUGGUCGGCUCGAUGGCGGUCGGCACGAAGAAGCUGUACGAUUUCUUGCACGCGAAUCCGUUCGUCGAGAUGUUGGCGUUGAAUUAUGUGAACGAUCCCCGGGUGAUCUCGGAACAGCCGAAGAUGACGGCCGUGAACUCCUGCAUCGAGAUAGACAUCACCGGUCAGGUGUGCUCGGACAGUCUCGGCUGUAAGAUAUACUCCGGCUUCGGUGGCCAGUUGGACUUCGCUCAGGGCGCCGCGAAAGGUGAAGACGGCCAUGGGAAAGCCAUCAUCGCGUUCCCCUCGGUCACGAGCAGCGGGGAGAGUAAGAUACAGCCGGUGCUGAAAAACGGAGCCGGAGUGGUGGUCACGAGGGCCCACGCGCAUUACAUAGUCACGGAGCACGGCGUGGCGCAGCUCUUCGGCAAGACGCUGCGGCAGAGGGCGAACGCGCUGAUUCAGAUCGCGCAUCCCGAUCACCGGGAGUGCCUCGAGAAGGCCGCGUUCGACCGGCUGAAGACCAAUCCAACGAAAUAUCUGUAACUCCUUCGACGUGGCUUGUAAAUAGAUACGGUCGUGCGCAAUAUUUCCAAGUGCCGGUAGCGAUCGCCAAAUGUGUGCGCGCUAAUUCUAUGUUCGAGUCGAUACGUUUUACGUCAUGUUUUGUGAAGUAGGAGCAACCAUUCGUGCCGAAUCCCGCGCGAACGGCUGUGUUCUCUCGUCAAUGUUUUGUUAUCCCGACGCUAAAACAAGAAACUGUAAGCAACAUGUUGUCGGCUUGAAAAUUGACGAUGACUUGCAACUCA